GGGGACUCGGUUUAGCGAGAGGUAUUCGAGAGCUCAAAACAUGGCGACCGCUAACGACAAACAGUGGCAGAAAGAUGCAGCCGAUCAGAAUUUCGAUUAUAUGUUCAAGCUUUUGAUCAUUGGAAAUUCUGCAGUUGGCAAGACAUCGUUUCUUUUUCGCUAUGCGGAUGAUUCCUUCACGUCCGCUUUUGUUUCAACGGUAGGAAUCGAUUUUAAAGUGAAGACGGUUUUUCGAAACGAGAAGCGUGUGAAACUUCAAAUUUGGGAUACAGCCGGUCAGGAAAGAUAUCGAACAAUAACUACUGCCUACUAUCGUGGAGCAAUGGGGUUUAUCCUGAUGUAUGACAUUACCAAUGAAGAGUCAUUUCAGGCAGUGCAAGAUUGGUCAACACAAGUGAAGACCUACUCUUGGUCAAAUGCACAAGUGAUCCUUGUUGGAAACAAGUGCGACAUGGAGGAAGACAGAGUUGUGACUUAUGAGAGAGGGAAGCAGCUUGCAGACCAGCUUGGGCUGGAGUUCUUUGAAACCAGUGCAAAGGAUAAUGUCAAUGUCAAACAAGUGUUUGAGCGUCUGGUGGACAUCAUCUGUGACAAGAUGUCUGAGAGUUUAGAUUCUGAUCCGACUAUUGUUAGUGGACAGAAGCCUGGAACAACAAAGAUAUCUGACAAGCCUCCUCAGCAACAGGACAGUGGCUGUGCUUGUUGAUCUCUGUAAAAUGUUGUAUCUUCUGAAUAGGAAUGAUGUUAUAUUUCAUUUGAAAUUUUAAGGAUCUUUGCAAAGUUGCAGGUUUGGUUUUGUGGCAGCUCUGUUGGUUGUUAGAUAGACUGAUAGAAUGAUAGAGUGUCAUUUAUGCUUAGUUCUUCUUCAUCGACUAAACUGCAGUUUUUUUUUCCUACCAACCAUCAUUUACCUCUUGGUGAAAAUUUAAAGUUGGUUCUUCAACUUCAACUGAUAGUUUUCUUUAUUCUCAUUACUUGCCCGCCUGAUGGUUCAUGAAGUUUGUCUGAGAAUUUACUGGUGGGUUACUUCCCAACAUUAUGAAAAAUUUAUUUCAUUAAUUUAAUCAAGUGAUCAUAUCAAUAGUAACUGACUAGAAAUUUGACUCAAAACUCACUAAUUAAUUGUAUUUCUGUUAACUCUUAACUGUUGCACUUCCAAGAUUCAGUUAUUUAUUCUCUUUACUGUCUGCCUUAAUAUUCUUGUUAUAUUAGUUUGAAGAUCUACUAAUAAUCUCCUAAUAAGAUUUUUCGUUAGUCUCAUCAUUUGUCAGCAUGAUGUUGUAGGGAGCGACUCUGUCUUGGUCAUGGGUCAAUUAACAAGACUAUUUGAUUAACUCCCAGUUUCUCCCAACACUGCUGUUUACCUUCUUAAGGAAGAUUGAAUGAUUCUGAGAGUUGAGACCUCAAAAACCUCAAUUCGGAUCUGUUUUAAUUUUAAAAAAUUGUACAGGAGGGGAUAGCCAUAACUACUUGUGACUGAUAGCUCAAGGAUAAUAUCAGUGUUAUUUUUUUUUCUUGAAUUUGUCUUUGGUGAAUGGUUUAUGGUCAAUCAAGUAGAGUCAUGUUGUCUCACAGAAUAUCCCACACCCUACCUUUGACAGGAGGAAAUCUUGGUAACAAAUCUACUUUCACAACCCUCCUAGGGAGGCUACAAUUUUCUUAAUAGUGCAGUUGUCAUUGCCGUGUGUAAAUCUCUUAUUUCGUCAUAUUUAAGCUUUUCCAUAACCCUUUGGGUGUUAUUAGCUUGAAAUAAGCAAUACUAGUUGUAUUGUUAUAAUUGUGGAAAUGAAAAAGUUAUGCAAGUUAAAUUCACCUACCAAGAAAUAAUUUAUUUUUGUGGUCAACACAAGUGACCAAUUUUGUCACAAAAAAAUGGUUUCAGAGAUAAAAGCUGAAUGCAAAUGUUUUCUCUUUGAAACAGGUGUUUGUUAAUGUUUGUCAGUAUUUUCUUCAUGUUGCAGCUUUCUGGCCUGUAAAUUUAUGAAGAAAUAUUUUGAUUUUCAAAUUAGUUAGGGUUGGAAACAGCAAUGAUUAUUGACCCUUUACUUGUGAACAUCAGUAUCCAUAUUCUCCAUACUUUUCUCUAUACAUUUGUCUGGUAGUGGAAAGGAGAAUUUGUUUAACAAUCAAAACUUCUCAGGUUAGCAAUAAUUUUCUUUACCUGUACUCUCAUGAACUCAAUGAAUGCUUCAGCAGUAUUGCUUUAAGGAAAAAUUAGAUUCAGGUCACUCACAAGGUUUAAAGGGUUAAGAACAGACUGUUCACUAGCUGGCAUUUUUCAAAAAUUUAACUGAGUUUAAGCUUGAAAUGUAACAAUUUGAACUUUUUCAGUUUCAUCAUUAUAGCUAAACUAGCCUAGAAUCUGUUACAACAGCAUAUGUUGUAAAAAUAAGGGUUAUUGAUUUCUAAAGUGAGUAACUUCAACCCUUCCACUCCCACGAUCUUAUUAGUAAUUCUCCUUACUGUCUGUAAUACAAUUCUUGUGAUGCCAGUUUGGAGAAUUUGGUAUUGGAUCAAGUAAUACUUCAUUUACAUUUUUCUUAGUUCUCAUCAUUUGUCGGCAUGAC